AUGAGUCCGCAGAGACAGUUUCAAUCAUUUACCACAACAGCAGAGUCUUCCCUUUCACAUACAAAUCAUAAGCAACUUUCGGGUGCUACGAUAUAUGACGAACCAGAGAACUUUUUAGAAGUCGAAGUAUGCAACCCAAAGACUCAUUUCCCCAGUGGUGACUCCAAGGGGAUGUAUACAGAUUAUGAAAUUAUAUGCAGGACCAACCUUCCUGGAUUUCCUAAGAGACAAAGUUCUGUCAGAAGAAGAUACAGCGACUUCGAGUUGUUCAGGAAAUUAUUGAUAAAAGAAUUACAACUUAGUAACCAUCCUAAAGUUUCAGUGCCACAUUUACCAGGCAAAAUAGUUCUGUCAAAUCGUUUCAGUGAUGCUGUUAUCGAAGAAAGACGUCAAGGUUUACACAAAUGGCUAGGAUCGGUAGCUGGGCAUCCUUUAUUGCAAACAGGCUCUAAAGUCUUAAUUCGUUUUAUGCAAGAUCCCGUCUUCAACGGAUAA